AUGGCGACAACAGCUGUUCAAAUUGACCCAAACGGCGACACUAUACUGACUCUACUGAUAAAGAAAGGCCCGACCAUUAAUUUCGGCAAUCUAUUUAACACCGAACCCUCUCUUGCUCAGUCUACGGAACAACCAGAAGAGAAGCAGUUCUUAUGCUCACAGAAGCACCUCACAUUGGCAUCCCGUCGUGCAUCCAAGAUAUUCUCAAGCAACUUUAAAGAGGCUUCAAAGGAGGAUGACGGCUUUUACCACUGGAAGUUUGGGGACCUUUUCGACGCUGAAGCCUUUGAGCUGGUGUUGAAGAUCAUCCAUGGGAAAUCCCGUAAUAUUCCUCGAACCGUCUCACUGGACCUACUGGCUGCCAUGGCCUCUAUCGUGGAUGACUUGGAAUGCCACGACACAAUCGCAUUUUUCAGCCAGGGUUGGAUUCUUGCUUAUGGGAACAUUACACCAGCAAGCACUAAAACACUGGCCCAGCUUAUUCUUGUCUCCUUCGUCUUUGAGAAUGCCAGGAUCUUCAAAACAGCUAGUAGGCUAGCCAUAAUACAUAGUCGAGGUACUGUCUCGAGCUAUGAAUUGCCCAUUCGUGUAGCUAUUAUGGACGUCCUGGAAAGUAGGAGAAUUACCAUCUUACGUACCUUGAUUGCAGACCUGGCUGCGCUGGAGAUAAACCUGCUCAAUGAGAAAGCAGGUUGCAGUCGUGUCUGCAGGUCCAUGAUUCUGGGUGAUUUGCUACAAGCGACAAAAGGAGGCAAACUAUACCCGCGACCAUCACCGCCAUUCAGUACUUUGGUAUUGCAGCAGGUCUUUAACUCUCUGAGAACUGCGCCUUCAUCGAACUGUUUUAGCUCGUUGGAAGAUAGCGUUGAUACGAAGCGUUCGGAUCAGUGGUGCCGUGCUGUUCUAGCUGGCCCUCAGCAAAAUUCCAUCGGAUACCCGUUCUCUAAUGGGAACGCAUCUCAACCCAACGCAGCAAAGCAACAACAGAAACCUCAUACUGGCCAUCAAUGUCAGAGCACACCUCACAUUCAUGGCAGCUCAACAGGAUCGUUUGGUGCCGCCGCCACGGAAAAGAAUAAGCUACCGCAGAUUCUAGUUCGGCAUCACUGUGGCCUAACCGAGCUGAUGGCGCCCAUUAUUUCUAAAGCAGAAGCUUCGACAACUGGUCUGGACCUGCCUAACUAUCUCGGACCUUGA